CCCCCCCCCCCCCAAAAAAAAGUAAAGAUCUACAGUUUGGGUAUCUGUAGUUUGCUAAAGUUGCAUCAAGCUGAAAUGGUAUAAUAAUGUGUUAUUAUGUUGCUAUGUAAUGUAUGUGUUGUUUUUAUGAUUGGAAACCGCCCUGAGUCCCAUUCGGGAGCUAGGGCGGAAUAUAAAUAAAGUAUUAUUAUUAUUAUAAUUAUUAUUAUUUUAUUAUGUCACAGCAAACAAGAUAAACAUGCUGGAUUUCAUAUCACAAAAUCACAAGUCGAACACUUCCCAAGUGUCUAGGACUGUGUGAUGUAUUUUCGGAUGAUGCACGCAGAUCCCAGUAGGGUGGCCUUUUGCAGUUGGCAGAUCGUAAUUUUGUCAAUGUCUAUUGUUUCCAAAUGCCGGCUGAGAUCUUUUGGCACGGCACCCAGUGUGCCCAUCACCACCGGGACCACCUGCACUGGUUUCUGCCAGAGUCUUUGAAGUUCAGUCUUGAGGUCCUGAUAGCGGCUGAGUUUUUCCUGUUGUUUUUCGUCAAUGCGACAUGGAUGGCAACAUCCAUGAACCAAACCUUUUUCUUUUCCACAACUGUGAUGUCUGGUGCGUUGUGUUCAGAACUUUGUCAGUCUGGAUUCGGAAGUCCCACAGUAUCUUUGCGUGCUCAUUUUCCAAGACUUUUGCAGGUUUGCGAUCCCACCAGUUCUUUGCUGCUGGCAGGUGGGACUUGAGGCAUAAGUUCCAAUGAAUCAUUUGGGCCACACAGUUGUGCCUCUGUUUGUAGUCUGUCUGUGUGAUUUUCUUACAGCAGCUGAGGAUAUGAUCCAUGGUUUCGUCGGUUUCCUUGCACAGUCUGCAUUUUGGGUCAUCAGCUGAUUUUUCGAUCUUGGCCUGAAUUGCCUUUGUUCUGAUGUCUUGCUCCUGGGCUGCAAGGAUCAGGCCUUCUGUCUCCUUCUUCAGGGUCCCAUUCGUGAGCCAGAGCCAGGUCUUCUAUUAUUAUUAUUAUUAUUAUUAUUAUUAUUAAUUGCCUUUGUCUUGAUGGCUUGCUCCUGGGCUGCAAGGAUCAGGCCUUCUGUCUCCUUCUUCAGGGUCCCAUUCGUGGGCCAGAGCCAGGUCUUCUAUUAUUAUUAUUAUUAUUAUUAUUAAUUGCCUUUGUCUUGAUGGCUUGCUCCUGGGCUGCAAGGAUCAGGCCUUCUGUCUCCUUCUUCAGGGUCCCAUUCGUGAGCCAGAGCCAGGUCUUCUAUUAUUAUUAUUAUUAUUAUUAUUAUUAAUUGCCUUUGUCCUGAUGUCUUGCUCCUGGGCUGCAAGGAUCAGGCCUUCUGUCUCCUUCUUCAGGGUCCCAUUCAUGAGCCAGAGCCAGGUCUUCUAUUAUUAUUAUUAUUAUUAUUAUUAUUAUUAUUAUUAUUAUUAAUUGCCUUUGUCUUGAUGGCUUGCUCCUGGGCUGCAAGGAUCAGGCCUUCUGUCUCCUUCUUCAGGGUCCCAUUCGUGGGCCAGAGCCAGGUCUUCUAUUAUUAUUAUUAUUAAUUGCCUUUGUCCUGAUGUCUUGCUCCUGGGCUGCAAGGAUCAGGCCUUCUGUCUCCUUCUUCAGGGUCCCAUUCGUGGGCCAGAGCCAGGUCUUCUAUUAUUAUUAUUAUUAUUAAUUGCUUUUGAUCUGAUGGCUUGCUCCUGGGCUGCAAGGAUCAGGCCUUCUGUCUCCUUCUUCAGGGUCCCAUUCGUGAGCCAGAGCCAGGUCUUCUCCUUAUCAGCUUUAUUAUUAUUAUUAUUAUUAUUAUUAUUAUUAUUAUUAUUAUUAUUUGGUGCCUUUUAAAAGUUGUUUGGGGCCUCUUUAGGGAUUCCCGGAGACAUGGGUUCAAAUGCCAGGGGAGGGGAUUCCACUUUAAAAUUAGUAAGAACCUCCUGACUGUAAGAAGAGCUGUUCAGCAGUGGAACUCUCUGCCUCGGAGUCUGGUGGAACGCUCCUUCCUUGGAGGCUUUUAAACAGAGGCUGGGUGGCCAUCUGUCAGGGGUGCUUUGAUGGUGCUUUUCCUGCUUGGAAGAAGGGGUGUUGGACUAGAUGGGCAACUCUACGAAUCCAUGAUUCUAUGAAAGGCUGUGCCCAGCCUCGCCUUGGCAUUUACAGCCCCAAAGCGAAACCAAAGCGGUCCAGAGGGACGUGUCCCAUCGAUCCCGGUGACGUCCUCCCUGCAGAAAUAUGUAUCUUAUCUCCCACUUGGCUGCCGUUCUGCAACUCGGGCAUCCAGUCAUCGACGUCUUUUAUGGCCUAGACUUUGCCCUUUUGCUUUGGCUCCAUUGCGUUCCUUUGGGGCUUUAAAGACCGGACGGACAGACUUUCACUCGGAUGCUCUUCCAACGCUUCUCUCUCUUCAUCUUCAUCAAAUUCCCGGAGAGCAGGCUUUCCGAAAGGCUGGGAUGCGGAUCUUGCAGGCCGUGGCCUUGGUCCAUUUUGCUGGCAUUGUCUUUGGCGACGGGUCCAGCAGAGCCUACUAUUUGGGGAUCCAUGAAGAGGAGUGGAACUACGCACCGGUCGGGAAGAACGGAGCCACCGGGCAAAGCGUUGCAGGCGAUGACGCAGCCUCCCGGUUCCUCCAGCGUUCCCGGGACAGAAUCGGCAGCGUCUACAGGAAAUCCGUCUAUCGGCAAUAUUCGGACGCCACUUACGCAUCCGAGGUGCCCAAACCGCCCUGGCUGGGCUUCCUUGGCCCCGUCAUUCGGGCCGAAGUUGGGGACACCGUCUCCGUCCACCUGAAAAACUUUGCCCGACGACCAUUCUCCAUCCACCCGCACGGAGUCUUCUACAAGAAGGACUCCGAAGGGUCCCUGUACCCCGAUGUGUCCUCGCAGGACCUCAAGGUGGAUGACGCUGUGCCGCCGGGAGGGAGAUACACCUACGUCUGGACCGUCCCCGAGGACCACGGCCCCACGGCCAGCGACCCCUCCUGCUUGACCUGGAUCUACCACUCCCACGUCAAUGCCCCCCGAGACAUUGCCUCCGGGCUCAUCGGGCCGCUCCUCGUUUGCAGGGAAGGGACCCUGAAGAGCCGCUCCCAGAGGCGCCACGACGCCGACCUCGACUUCUUCCUGAUGUUCAGUGUGGUCGACGAGAACGAGAGCUGGCAUUUGCGCGAGAACGUUGCCUCCUUCUGCGGAGACCCGGACUCGGUGGACGAGGAGGACGAGGGCUUCAAAGAGAGCAACAGGAUGCACGCCAUCAACGGUUUCGCCUUCGGGAGCCUCCCGGAGCUGUCCAUGUGUGCCGGAGACCACGUCUCGUGGCACCUCUUUGGGAUGGGCAGCGAGAGGGACGUCCACACGGCCUUCUUCCACGGGCAGACCCUGGUGCUUCGCGGCCACAGGACGGACGUGGUCAGCCUCUUCCCGGCCACCUUUGUCGCGGCGGAAAUGACCCCCCGCAACACAGGGAAGUGGCUGCUGAGCUGCGAAGUCCACGACCACUUGCAAGCCGGGAUGGAAGCUCUCUACGAAGUCAAGAACUGCUCCUAUCCAAAGGCAGAGCCUCCCUUGAAAGGGAAGCUUCGGAAAUAUUACAUUGCGGCCAAGGAGGUGCAAUGGAACUACGCGCCUUCAGGACUGGACCAAAGCACCGGGAAAAGCCUCCAGGAGCCAAACAGCUUCUCUGAGCUUUACUUCAAGCCGAUUUCCUCUCGGAGCAAAGGAACAUAUUGGAAAGCCAAGUAUAUUGAAUAUACGGACGAAACGUUCCGAGUGGAGAAGGCGCAAAAGGGAGACGAGAGGCACCUCGGGAUACUCGGACCGGUGAUCAAGGCUGAAGUGGGAGACACGCUCCAGGUGACCUUUGCCAACAAGGCCUCCUGGCCCUUCAGCGUCCAGCCCCACGGAGUGUUUUACGGAAAGGAAUGGGAAGGCACCCCAUACGAUGACGGGUUGUCCCAUAAAGGCACUGCGGUGAGGCCCAUGAGGAACUUCACGUACCGGUGGACGGUGCCACAACACGUGGGGCCCACCGACACGGACCCCUCGUGCCUGACCUGGAUGUACUCCUCUGCGACGGACCCCACCAGAGACACCAACGCCGGUUUGGUGGGGCCCUUGCUGGUCUGCAGACCGGGAACUCUUGACGAAGAGAACCAUCAGAAAGGUGUUGAUAAGGAGUUUUAUCUCUUAUUCGGGAUGUUCGAUGAAAACCUCAGCUGGUAUCGGGAUGCGAAUCUGAAAACUCUGAAUCGUUUCUCAAUGCAUGAGGAUGAAGUCUUCAAGGAGUCCAACAGGAUGCAUGCCAUAAAUGGGUUUGUGUACAGCAAUUUGCCCCUCCUCGAGGUGUGCAAAGGAGAGACCGUUUCCUGGCAUCUUCUGGGCUUCGGAGGAGAAGCGGACAUCCAUGGCAUUGCCUUCCAGGGAAACACCAUCCUGAUGAACGGGAUGCGACGAGACACAACCAGCCUCUUUCCUCACACUUUUGCCACGGCCCUCAUGCAACCGGAUGAGGAAGGAGCCUUUGAGGUGUACUGUCAGACUAGCAACCACUAUCAAUCCGGGAUGAAGGGCCGUUACUCCGUCCGCCAGUGUGGGAAGGAGACGCCUUUUGACAACCAGGUUUAUGAGAAGGUGAGGACCUUCUACAUCAUGGCGGAAGAGGUGGAGUGGGACUAUGCUCCAGACCGCAGCUGGGAGCUGGAGAGACACAACAGAUCUGCAGGAGAAAGGUACGGUGAGGUGUUUCUGAGCCACGGAAACGGUCUGCUGGGCUCCAAAUACAAGAAAGCCAUUUACAGAGAAUACACCGACGGGACAUUUCGGACCCAGAAGGAGAGGCGCAAUGGAGAGGAACACCUUGGGAUUCUGGGUCCUUUCCUUUGGGCCGAAGUGGGAGACGUCCUCAACAUUGUGUUCCGGAAUAACGCAACCCGCCCGUACUCCAUCCAUGCCCAUGGCGUUUUGGAAAAGAGUCGUGCGGACCCGGAAGCCACAAAACCAGGUGAGAUUGUAACCUACCAGUGGGAUGUCCCUGCAAGAUCCGGCCCAGGACCAAACGAUUCCGCCUGUGUCUCUUGGAUCUACUAUUCCGGAGUGGACCCUGUGAAGGACCUGUUCAGCGGCCUCGUUGGGCCCCUGAAGGUCUGCCGCAAAGGGACCCUGGACUCGGGCGGGAGACGGAGAGGCGUCAGCAAGGAGUUUGCCCUCCUCUUCUUGGUCUUCGAUGAAAACCAGUCCUGGUACCUGGAGGAGAACGUCAAGAACCAUGGCCAGGGAGAGCGGAACCGUUCCCGGGCGGACAAAGAGGAGUUUGCAGAAAGCAACAAAAUGCACGCCAUCAAUGGGAGGCUCUAUGCAAACCUGCCUGGACUGACUAUGUACGCCGGUGACUGGGUGAACUGGUACCUGCUGGGAAUGGGCCAGGAGAUUGACGUGCACACGGUCCACUUCCAUGCGGAGACCUUCAUUUACCGGAGCGGCCAGAGCCACAGGGCGGACGUGGUGGACCUCUUCCCGGGGACCUUGGAAAUGGUGGAGAUGCUGGCCAGCAAUCCCGGGACGUGGCUCCUCCAUUGCCACGUAGCCGACCACAUCCAUGCUGGCAUGGAGACCCUUUUCACCGUCUUGCCCAGGCCAGACCCCAGGCGCCUGAAUGUCAGUUCUGUGGCAGCGAGGCCUCCUGAAGACGGAGAUGACCCCGACCACGUUGUGUUGUUCGGCUCCAAACUCGCACACGGGAAGGUCGAGGCCACCGUUAUCCUUUUGGCCGUGGCUGGGAUAGCCCUCUUCCUCAUCGCCAUCAUCCUCCUGGGCAUCAUCAUCCACCGCGAAAGGCAGAGGAGGCUGAGACGCAACCGGAGGUCCAUCCUGGACGAGGGAUUCAAGCUGGUGGCUACAAAGAGCCCUGAGAUCUGAGACUUCCGUCCAGAAGAGUCGCCUCCAACACACAUUUUGCAAUGAGAACAAUCCUGUUUGUGCAAGAAACUGUCGUCGCGGGGAUAAAGUAAACUCACAAAACUCUCACGUGAAUCAGUCCGCUCUCGUCCCCCUCCAGCUGCGCAUGGGGCUGAAUGUCCCUCAAAGAAAACAGCUAGGAUUCAGUCCAAAACAUUGCAGAGUCCUUAUCACGGUUAUCAGAGCUUUGUAGUCCAGCCUCUGACCUUAUUUUGAAACUCACCACUUUAAUAAGCACACUUGAGCUCUGGCUUUCAUCCAAACUCCUUUGGAAUUUUUUUGUUCUUCAGUCAUUGCUCUAUAUAUAGCUACUAGCUGUGCCCGGCCACGUGUUGCUGUGGCUUAUGGGAAUUCUUUGUUGGCCAGGUGGAAUAGCAGCAAAUAGCUUUGCAGCCUCAAAAGCCUGAACCCUGGCUGUACUCCAGUGCCGUUGUGGCCGAAGGGGUUGCUAGGAGACGAAGUGGGCGGGGCCUAAAGGGAGCAGGGCCUACCCUUCUGACCAGCAACCAGGGUUGAAAACGGCUCUUCCUCGUUCUCUAAUUUCUCCGAUUCUGUCCCGGGAACGCUGGAGGAACCGGGAGGCUGUGCUGAGAAACAAGGAGAAACAAAAUUUGAUCCAAUUUAAAAGUGGAAAUUAGGAAAGGAGAAAGGCCUGAUGGGUUCCAUAUACAAGAAAUUAGUGGGAAAACAAUAUAAAUGGAAACAAACAUUGGCUGAGAUAUGGAAAUAGGACCUGAAUAGUAACGGGUUAUAUUGUAUACUUUUAUACUGUACUAGCUGUGUCCGGCCACACGUUGCUGUGGCUUAUGGGAAUCCUUUGUUGGCCAGGUGGAAUAGCAGUGAAUAGUUUUGCAGUCUCUAAGCCUGGCCGAUUCCUUCUUAUGGGAAUCCUUGUUUGGUGAGCUGGAAUACCCUUCUGACCAGCAGCCAGGGGGAAAAAAUAGCUCUUCCUUAUCCUCUAAUUCGGACUAUAUUUUUCUAUAUAGUUUUGUUUUGUUUUGUUUGAAAGACAUAGAUUGGAUGACUGUGUCUUUUGUGGCCAAAUUUGGUGUGAUUUGGUUCAGUGGUUUUGUUGUUUACUCAGUCCUACAAACGUACAUUAUAUUUAUAUAUAUAUACAGA